AUGAGAGAAAUCGUUCACGUUCAAGCCGGACAAUGCGGUAACCAAAUCGGUUGCAAGUUCUGGGAAGUUAUCUCUGACGAGCAUGGAAUCGGUCCAGAUGGAGCCUACCAGGGAGAUUCUCCUCUUCAACUUGAGAGAAUUGAUGUAUACUACAACGAAGCUAGCGGUGGAAAGUAUGUUCCUCGUGCUGUUCUCGUUGAUCUCGAGCCAGGAACCAUGGAUGCUGCUCGCGCUGGUCCAUUCGGUCAAAUUUUCCGUCCAGAUAACUUCGUCUUCGGACAAUCCGGAGCAGGAAAUAACUGGGCUAAGGGUCACUACACUGAAGGAGCCGAACUUGUCGACAACGUUCUUGAUGUUGUUCGCAAAGAGGCUGAAGGAUGUGAUUGCUUGCAAGGAUUCCAACUUACCCAUUCUCUUGGAGGAGGAACUGGAUCCGGUAUGGGAACCCUUCUGAUCUCGAAGAUCCGUGAGGAGUAUCCUGACAGAAUUAUGUCUUCAUUCUCUGUCGUUCCUUCUCCAAAGGUUUCGGACACUGUCGUCGAACCAUACAACGCUACCCUUUCCGUUCAUCAACUUGUCGAGAAUACUGAUGAAACCUUCUGUAUUGACAACGAGGCCUUGUAUGAUAUCUGCUUCAGAACUCUCAAGUUGCAAAACCCAAGCUACGGAGACCUCAACCAUCUCGUAUCUGUUACCAUGUCUGGAGUUACUACUUGCUUGCGUUUCCCUGGACAGCUCAAUGCUGAUCUCCGUAAGCUCGCCGUCAACAUGGUACCAUUCCCACGUCUUCACUUCUUCCUUACUGGAUUUGCCCCUCUUGCUGCCAAGGGAGCUCAAGCUUACAGAGCUCUUUCUGUUGCCGAGCUCACUCAGCAGAUGUUCGACUCCAAGAACAUGAUGGCUGCUUGUGACCCCCGUCACGGAAGAUACCUUACUGUAGCUGCUAUGUUCCGUGGACGCAUGAGCAUGAGAGAAGUCGAUGACCAAAUGAUGUCUGUCCAGAACAAGAACUCUUCUUACUUUGUUGAAUGGAUCCCAAGUAACGUUAAGACUGCUGUUUGCGACAUUCCUCCUCGUGGACUUAAAAUGGCUGCAACAUUUGUUGGAAACUCUACCUCCAUUCAGGAGCUUUUCAAGAGAAUCUCUGAACAAUUCUCCGCUAUGUUCCGUCGUAAGGCUUUCUUGCAUUGGUACACUGGAGAAGGUAUGGAUGAGAUGGAGUUCACCGAAGCUGAAUCUAACAUGCACGAUCUCGUUUCCGAAUAUCAGCAAUACCAGGAAGCCACUGCCGAUGAGGAGGGAGAAUUGGAAGGAGCUGAAGGAGAAGCUAACUAUACUGAAGAUUACGAAUAA